CCCCCGCGGCCACCGCCAUGCGCAUCCGGCGCUACGCCGCGCGCCUGCUCGCCAACUCUGCCCCCGCCGCCGCCUCCGCGGCCCCGCCCCAGCCCGCGCCCUGGCUCCACGCCGCCGCCGACGACUGCGCCAUCUGCGAGCUCACCCGCGGCUCCGACCCGCAGGUUGCUCCGGACGGGAUUAAGCACAAGGGGCACAUUGCGGACCUGGAGCCGGAGGGUGAGCUGCUCAAGAGCGACCAGGACCACCGCGUCCGCCUACCUCAGCGACCUCCUGUCCUUGAAGCUCAAGAAUGUGAGGUAGGCCAUGAGCACUCUGUGAUUAAAGGUUCUGUGAGGCCGGAAGCUAUGGAGGAGACCACUCUUGUCAGCGAAGCUGCUACUGAGCCGGUAGUCAUGGAAGGAGCCCAUGUUGUUGAUGAAGCUACUGCUGAGCAGGAGGUUGGAGUGGCGACUCCUCUUGUGAAUGGCUCUGUCACCGACCCGGAGGUUACUGGGGGAGCUUCUCUUGUGAGUGGAUCGAUCACUGAGACAGAAGUUAUGAGUGGAGUUUCUCUCGCUAAUGAAGCUGUUGGGGGGCGAGAAGUUUCAAUGGGAAUUUCUCUUGUGAGUGGAUCGAUCGCCGAGCCAGAAGUUAUAAGUGGAGCUUCUCUCGCCGAUGAAGCUGUUGCCGAGACAGAAGUUUCAGGGGGACUUUGUCUUGUGAGUGAAGCUGCAACUGAGGCAGCAGAUGUAGCCAUCGCGUCGGAAGUUACAACUGGAGCUCCCCUUGACAACAAAGGUGUCGCAGAGCAAGAUAUUAAAAUGGGCGCUUCUCCUGUCGAUGAAUCUGCUUCUGAGGCUGCAACUGAGGCAGCAGAUUUAGUUACCACACCAGGAGCUCCCCUCGACAACCAAGGUGUUGCAGAGCCAGAUAUUAAAAUGGGAGCUUCUCCUGUCAAUGAAUGUGCUGCUAAAACUGCAACUGAGGCUGCAGGUGUAGUCGCCGCUCUGAGAGUUACAACUGUAGCUUCCUUCGACAACAAAGGUGUUGCAGAGCCAGAUAUUAAAAUGGAAGCUUCUCCUGCCAAUGAAUCUGCUGCUGAAAUGGAUUUUGUACACUCAGGUUCCCUUGUUACUGAAGCUGCAACUCAUCCAGGACUACCUGAAAGAGUUUCUCUUGCUAAUGGAGCUGCUACUGAGCGAGAGGCUUCAGAGGCAGGUUCACUUGUGAGUGAACCUGCAGCUGAGGCAGCAGAUGUAGUCACCGCGUUGGAAGUUACAACUGGAGCUCCCAUUGACAAUGAAGGCACUGCAGAACCGGAAAUUAAAAUUGGACCUUCUUUUGCGAAUGAAUCUACUGCUGAAAUGGAUUCAGUACUGUUAGGUUCACUUGUUACUGAAGCUACAACUCAUCCUGGACUUAUAGGAAGAGUUUCUCUUGUCACUGAGACAGGAGUUACAGGAGGUGCUAACCUCGACACUGAAGUUUCCAUAGAACCAGAAGAUACAGGUCGACCUUCUCUUAUAAAUGAAUCUACCGAAUUGGAAAUUACACGGGGGGUUUCUAUUGCUACCGAUGCUGCUUCAGAACCAGAAGUUACUGGCCAAGCUUCCGCUUGUAGUGGAGAUAGUGAUGCUGCUUUAAAGGAGGCAGAAACUCUUGACUGCGAUUUGGAUAGUGCCAAUGUGCAGAUUGAAAAGGCAGGAGAGUCUGUUGCCACCGAAGUGCAACCUUCUAGAGACGACAGGGGAGAUGUUGGUUCUGUGAAUGCCAUGAGCACUUCUCCUGUUACAGACAAGAGUCUAGCUUUUGAUGAAGUAAUACCACAGGAUGACGCACCCAGUGUUUCAUGUGCAUCAGGCGUAGUUGUUAGAAGUGUUGGUAAAUCAGGGAGAACUGAUGUCAUAUGUUAUGCUAGGCGCAGAGGUAAAAGAAAGCUGGAUAUGGAAGAAACAAAGACAGACCAACUUGAAAUGGGUGAUGGUGACAUCUAUGGUCAGUGUGAGGAAAAGGCGACAUUUGACAUAACUGUUCCUUGUGAGAGUGCGAUGUCAACCGCUGAAUCUGCAGACAUUAAACUCGCCGACAUAAAGAGAGGUCUUGUGGACAAUUCAGCCUCAAGCAAGGGUAAAAAGAGGAAGGGACGAUUUGAAUGUGACAUUGACUACUGCCACAUGACAUUCAAGAAAAGAGCCGAACUUUCUAUCCACAAGAAGAACAUGUGCACGAUCAAGUCAUGCGGCAAACAUUUUAGAUCCCACAAGUAUCUGAGACGCCACCAGAGCAUUCACAACGAGGAGGCACCUUACAAGUGUCCGUGGGAAGGUUGCAGUAUGUCUUUCAAGUGGACAUGGGCUCUGGCUGAUCAUUUCCAAGUUCAUACAGGGGAAAAGCCCUAUAAAUGCAGGACACCUGGGUGUAGCAAGAUAUAUAAGUAUGUUUCAGACUUUACCCGGCAUAGGAUGAGGUGCAAACCGCAGAGGUAAAAUCUUGCUCAACAUUGCAGAGUUAGGAUAGGAGUAAAGUCCGUGCUUGCCACUGUAGAUGGUUUUAUUAUUUGUUGGAAGUCCCUUGGCCCAAUUGUUCUGAGUUCUGACAACUUACAGCGGGAUUGUUGUUUCUUUAUUGAAGAAAAAAUGUCACAAUCUUUAGUUUAGAAGCUUUAACUAUGCUUUUCUCGAACAUCGGUGUACAUUUCCAAAAGCUGUUUGAUAAGAUCCGCAGUGUUUGUUUCUUACAGUGGUGAUGUCUGUUCUUCACAGGGGUGAUAUAUCAAAUCCGAGAGUUGUAAAUAAGAAGUUGUUUUUAUUCUGUUUCAGGAUA